AUGGCGGCGGCGGCCACCACGGCGGGCCCGGCGGGGCCCGAGCCCAUGCCGAGCUACGCGCAGCUAGUGCAGCGCAGCUGGGGCAGCGCGGUAGCGGCGGCGCGGGGCUGCGUGGACUGCGGCUGGGGGCUGGCCCGCCGGGGCCUGGCCGAGCACGCGCACCUGGCGCCUUCCGAACUGCUGCUGCUGGCGCUCGGCGCGCUCGGCUGGACCGUGCUGCGCUCAGCGGCCACCGCGCGCCUCUUUCGGCCCCUGGCCAAGCGGUGCCGCCUCCAGCCCAGAGAUGCCGCCAAGAUGCCUGAGAGCGCCUGGAAGUUCCUCUUCUAUCUGGGCACCUGGAGCUACAGCGCCUACCUGCUCUUUGGCACUGACUACCCCUUCUUUCACGACCCGCCCUCUGUCUUCUAUGACUGGACACCUGGCAUGGCGGUGCCACGGGACAUCGCAGCCGCCUAUCUGCUGCAGGGAAGCUUCUACGGCCAUUCCAUCUACGCCACGCUGUACAUGGACGCCUGGCGCAAGGACUCGGUGGUCAUGCUCGUCCACCAUGUGGUCACCCUGGUCCUCAUUGUCUCCUCCUAUGCCUUCCGGUACCACAACGUGGGCAUUCUGGUGCUCUUCCUGCAUGACGUCAGCGACGUGCAGCUGGAGUUCACCAAGCUCAACGUCUAUUUCAAGUCCCGGGGCGGCUCCCACCACCCUCUGCACGCGCUGGUUGCGGACCUGGGCUGCCUCAGCUUCAGCCUCAGCUGGUUCUGGUUCCGCCUCUACUGGUUCCCACUCAAGGUCCUGUACGCCACGUGCCACUGCAGCCUGCGCUCCGUGCCCGACAUCCCCUUCUACUUCUUCUUCAACGCGCUCCUGCUGCUCCUCACCGUCAUGAACCUUUACUGGUUCCUGUACAUCGUGGCUUUCGCUGCCAAGGUGCUGACGGGCCAGGUUCAAGAGCUGAAGGAUGUACGGGAAUACGAUGCAGCAGAGGCCCCGAGCCCCAAGCCCAGCAAAGCUGAGAAGCCGCUGAGGAACGGUUUGGUGAAGGAUAAGCGCUUCUGA